AUGGUCGUUUCAUGGGGCUGUCGUAUCCGGAUUAUCUUCGACUUCUUCAUGGCCCCACCGUUCAAAAUCCCGUUGUGCCUAUCGCAGGAGCAAGAAUGUCCUACGCAUAUCUAUUCAAGUACAUUAUCAUUGGCGACACCGGUGUUGGCAAGUCGUGUCUCCUCCUGCAGUUCACGGACAAGCGAUUCCAGCCGGUCCACGACCUGACCAUUGGCGUCGAAUUUGGUGCCCGCAUGAUCAACAUCGACAGCAAGCAGAUCAAACUGCAGAUUUGGGACACGGCGGGCCAGGAAUCGUUUCGAUCGAUUACUCGAUCGUAUUACCGAGGUGCUGCCGGCGCGCUCCUGGUAUACGACAUCACGCGCCGGGAAACGUUCAACCAUCUCACGCGAUGGCUGGAAGAAGCACGUCAAAACUCGAACUCGAAUAUGGCGAUCAUGCUUAUCGGCAACAAAUCGGACUUGGAACACCGACGUGCGGUAAGCUACAAGGAAGGCGAGCAAUUUGCCAAGGAGAACGGCCUUAUCUUCCUCGAAACGUCGGCGAAAACGGCGGCCAACGUGGAAGACGCUUUCAUCAAAACUGCGCAAAAAAUCCACGCCAACAUCCAAGCUGGCAUUUGCGACGUCACCAACGAGGCUCAUGGCAUCAAAGUUGGGAUGACGGGCUCGGCCACUCCGACAGGUUUCGGCGGGAAUGGAAACAACGCCAACAAGGGUGGUUGUUGUUAAACGAUUCAAUUGCAAAGGCAGUGUGUGCGGCCGACCAAGUCCGCUAUUUGGUUGACGUCACAGAUUGCUGAUGUAAUUCAAAGUCAUUCCUUCCUCGCCUCCGUGUCUCCCUUCAUAGAGCAACAGCCACCGCGCGUCAUCAUCCUUGCGUUAUCGACCCCGAUGGUCACCUUCGUGGCGCAUCCUCCUGUCACUGUCGGUUUAGCGGCGCCGUUGGUGUUCAUGUGCCGUUGCUCAAGUUCGAACUGCUUUUUAGAUCGCACAGUCGUCUUUUUGACCAAUCCGAGGUGCAUCUGGUCAAUCGGAGGAAUUUUAUUGGUCAAUAAAAAUAACUCUUUCCUG